AUGUCUGAAGAUGCACCACCGGCUCCUAGCCGAUCACCAGCGUCUGUGGGUGCAACCGCUGUCACCUCGCAGGCGAAUCUGAGAGCCUUUCUUGAGAAGCUGGCUAGACGACGUAAACGAAUCUCCUGUUCUGCCAAGUGUCGGCAAACCAUUGAGGACACUUUGAGAAAGCUUGGUGGAAAACAAUUGGCUGAUACAGGACGCAUCGGUUUGCAUGAUUUGAAAGAGAUCCUGCGAGAGCCUCCUAAAGCUGUGCCUGCACAAACCCUCCGGGAAUUUGUGGAUGUAUCGACAGCCUAUGAUGUUGGAGAUGGAACCGUGGACCUGCAAGAAUUGAUGAGCUUUGCUUUCCAAACUGAACCGGGAAUGUUGGAACGCAUGGGCUGGUUUCUGCCUUUGUCGCUGCUUUUGGUUUGGAUGCUCUUGGGCCCAGCAAUCUUCUGCCCAGUGGAGCAGUGGUCCUACCUCGAUGGGCUUUACCUUUCUGUGUUGAGCCUAUCAACAGUCGGGACAGGGACAAACAGUGGUCUGUCCGCGCAGGUGUAUCCCACAUCUCAAGGGGCUCAGAUUUUUCUCCUUGUGUUUGUCCUGGUGGGAACAGUGCUCACCAUUUGGUUUUUGCUCGCGUUGUCACAGACACUUCUUUGGUCUCACGAGUUGAAGCUUUUAGCCUUCAUCAACCCAAGGGACACCCCGGAUUUGUUGGCACAGGAUGGUCAUGGAGCAACGAAAGGCGGUCUGCCCUUGGAGAAUUUGGUCGGGGACCAUCCAGCAGUCCUUCCCAAACAGCAAGCAUCAGGUAGGGAUCAUGUGGACGUUGAGGGAGGGCCCCUCAAGGAGGAAGCGGAAAAGCCCAAGUCAAUUCUUCAGAUUCACAAGGAAAGUUUGAGGCAAUGGGCAAAGCCGCGUGCCAAGAUGCUGGAGGCCGGAUGCUUUUGGAGCAGCAUCAUAUUUGAAAGUAUUUUCACACUAGCUGCCGGAGUCGUAAUUGCACUUGUAACCUCCACAAGUGCAUCGUUUCUGGAUGCUUGCAGCUGGGCUGUCCUGACCAGCUUGACUGUUGGCUACAUGCAGAGCCCGCUUGGAGAUAAAGUUAACCAAAAUGUGGCUCGAGGUUUGGAAGUUGCCUACGUAUUGUGUUCCGUCUUCUGCAUCUUGCAUAUCAUGUUCAGGAUUGGAAGAAGGAACCUUGGAAAGCAAAGGGCAGACUUCGAGCUGCGCAUGAAAGAACGCAUUUUGCCAGCCGACCUUUUGGUUGACUUGGACAAGAAUGGCCUUGGAGUAAAUCGUCUGGAAUUCCUUUGCGCAGCUUUGAUGACGUCAGACCGUGUGUCUGGACACGACUUGUCGCUGGCUCUUGAGAUGUUUCAGAAACUUGACCCGAAUGGCACCGGCGUCCUUGGCCAUCCUCAACUUGAAGCAUUCCAACGCGUCAAAGCUCCAUUGAGCCUUUCCGAACUGUUGGAUUCUCCACAGCUGCAUUCCCAACUGCAGACAAUGCAAUUUCCUGCCCGGAAGUCCAUCCUGGAUGAGAGGACCAGUGCAGUGCUUCAGGAAGUGUACCAGGAUUAUGAUGCUGUUCGUCGAAGCCUAGAUGCAAAAGAUGAAGAACUCCUUGAAGCACUCAGGGAGCACAGCGCCAGUGAGCAGGCUAGAGCACAAGCAGUUGCACAACGAGAAAGUUUGCGCAAGGAGGUGAUGCUUCUAUCACAGAUGAAAGCGGACUUGGCCCAAAGGUUAGACAAGGAAGGCCGGCAGAGCAAGGCAGCUCAGACUACUCUGGAUGAUAUGAAAAGCAGGAACCGUUUGCUUGAGCAGAAGCUGCGAGACUUGCAGUUGCAGCAUGAGGAGGUCAACAAGCGCUUGACGAGUACAACUCGGCAACUAAAAGACGUACAGGAGCUCAGCCAUGAAUACCAACGUCGUAUUCAGGAGAUAGAGCACGACAUUCAUGACUUUCCGCGACGGCUGCAGGAGCAAGCUGAUCGUUUGCAACAUGAAGCAGACACAAGGGUUCAUCAGGUUCGUUUGGAAGCUGCCGAGCAGAACUUGGAAAGACAGGGUGAGAUGCAAAGCGCCCAAUUGGAGCUGAAGGCCUUGUCAUCAUCCAUGGAAGCGAUGCGUGGGCAACUCAAGCAGUCACCUUCUCCAACCUAUGCAUUGGAGACCGCAGCCCGACCUUUGAAGACUGGACUUCAACCCUGGGAGGUCUGGGGCCCUCCAGCAAUGCGAACCAGUGACAACAGUCUGUUGUCCAACGGGAAGGUGAAGGAACAGCUUGAAUUCUUGGACGCACAGGUCAGAAAACAAGUGGAGCAUUUGAGCUCGCAGGUCCAAAGACAUGCCGACUCCAUUACAGCAGAGGCGCAAAGCUGA